AUGACAGCUCCUGAUAUUGCUGUUGUUCCACAGUUUAAUGGGGAUGAAAAAAUGGAUAAAAGUACAGAACUGGAUGUAGAAGACUCCUAUUACUUGCUUCAUGCGCUAGAGUCCGAAGCAUUCUCAUGCGUGGUGACUGCAAUGCGGGCUCAAGGGAUGCUCACUGAAUACAAACAAAUUUUACUGGAACAUCUAAAAGCUGCUUUAUUCGUUUCCGACGCUACGUAUAAAGCAGAAAUGCGACGUGCUGCUAAUGAUGAAGUUCUCUGCAAAAUUGCUGAGACGCUCAACCCGUCCUACGAUCCUUUCGUACAGUGGGGGAUGGCGGCUAACGAUGUUAUUCCUCCAGCAUUCAAUCAGAUCCCUCUUUAUGCAGAUCAAGACAUAGAGGGGUUGGACGUUGCUGGUCAGUUAUUACGUUUGGCUAACUCUCACAAUUCUGCCGUGGAUAAUUAUAAUGACGCAUUGCAUGAACUUAUAAUGCUUCCGAAGGCGCCAUUUGUUCCCGAGAAGUUGCGUGUUCUUUUGCGAGAAACUGAAUCUGAUUCUACUGAAAGAGUAAAUUUAAAUUUUGGUGAAAUGCCAUCCUCGUCGGAGAACCGAGAUGGGAAGGCUCUGAACAGUAACGAAAAAAGUGCUAGGAAGGCUCGUACCAUCCAGAGAUCUAUUAAGCAGGAGAAGUCGGAGGGAGGAAGAUCGCUGAGUAACAAUGUGAAACCCGAAUGCUUGACAGAUUCAUAUUCAAACUCUUCAAGUAGUAAGAUUAAAAUGGGUUUUGAGACAGUAGGAGGGAAGCCGUAUUUGAUUAAUGAUGAUUGCAGUGAGAAGAAGCAGGUUAUGGAGGACUCAGGUAUAGUAAAUAAGGUCUGCGAGAGUCAUAGUCUAGUUGGUAACUCAGUGAAUGUUAUUUUACCUUCCACUGAGUCCAGUAAUAUUUCGCAAAGCACACUUCCUGAGAAAACGUCAGAGAAAUCAGAAUUGAUAAAAGGACCUUUGCAGCAGUCAAAUAACUGGUUCGCAGGAUUUUACGAAGCUCGAAGAGUUGAAGAAAAAGAGCAUUACAAGCCCGCCGAAGAAGCGAAAUUCAAGCGAAAAAAACCUAAACAAAAGGAAAAUGUUAAAGAUUCUUGCGCACGUGUCCGCCCGUUUCUGUUUGAUUUUGGUUCCCCUGGUCAAGCAAAGCCUCCGCGGGGAAAUCCUGAUAAGAGAGCUGCAAAACGCAUUUCUCCGAUUUUCUCGUGUCCGACAUCCACAAAUGGCGUUUCUUCUGGCGCUUGUCUCUCAUCUCAGUCGUAUGCAACAUCGGCAUCUUCUAGAGGUUCGGUUUCCUCAUCUUUUUUGUCAAGCAUUUCACGAUUUACUUCACCUCAAGGCGGACACCACGCAUCAGGAGUAAUUAUCAAACGGAUGCGAACUUCAUCUUCUGGUGAACCUAAUAGCUCUCAUAAUGGUUAUUACGGCCGGAUUGCGGAUGGCACAAUUUCAGUCAAGGCGUCCCAGCUUUCAGAACGGCCAUACUCUAGAGUCCUAGUUCCUCCAUCGCAGUCGUCUGCUGCUUGGAGCAAUCCCACCAGGCCAUAUUACGGAAACCCAUCUGCUGCUGCUAUGGGAGUAACUGUUAGAUCCUCGCCAGUGUCAAGUUGUACCAGUGGUAUUUGCAAUCCUAGCGCGGGAACAUCAGUAGAAAAGAUUUUACAGCCCACUCAGUCAAUUGGAAAUAUGAAUGAUCCGCAGUCUUUAACCAGUCGGCAUUUUCCAUCAUCAUCGGUUUUUGUAACUGUCGGGCACCAACAGAAUAAAAUAAGUGCUCGAAGGUCUUCUUAUUCAUCGAAACCCUCUUCUGUUGCGAAUCCUGUAGUUGUUCAUACCUGUCCAGUGACGAAUGGAAGUACUCAAGCAAACGCUUCUUUUAAAAAUCCUUCUUCACCGGGCGGCAGACAAGCAGUUAUUGAUAGAGAUGCGAGUUCAGUUGAUGUUAUUACGAAAGACGAUACCUCGAACAGCAUGAAUUCAGACGAUUGCGCCAGCGCACAUGAAAUGAGGCUAGAGUGCGAUGAAGUCAUGGCACCAGAACAUCGAUGUGUUGUGUCACCUCGCAGUUCGGGUGCGAUAUCACCACUUCCAGUACAAAUUAAGCGUGUGCUGCAUACAAGUGAUGUUCCUCCACGUGUCUCUCAACAGUUGUCAAUGCUUUUAAGCUAUGAGGAUGGAGAAUCUAGUGAAGUGCAUUUGAAUCGUGUUGUUCAGCCUCAGUUCAUUAACGGUUUGCUUCACCAAGAUGAUCAGGAAAUUGUCAAUCUUAUUACCUCAGAGCAGUGCAUGCGGUGA